AUGCCGCGUUUGAACUUUGCGACCGACGAGGCAUCUCUGCUAAAGGCCUAUAAACUCUCGACUUUGGCCCCGACAGAAUGGGAGGAAGUAGAGCACGAAGAAAUAAUCGCUACCGAUCUCGCUAGUCCGACAGGCAGCAGCUUUGACGGAGAGCGAGACUUGAGCGAUCCCCUAGGACUGGGGGCACACAUGGACUUGAAGAAUAUGGAUAUGGAGUCUCGAGCCCAGGUGCUCAUAGCCUCCAAAUCCUUUGAUCCUAAAGCUUUCCUUGCGACCGUUCAUCCCAAUGCGUCGUAUCAGGAUCUGAACGCAGGCAUAGCGCAUCUGCGCUCGUCGGUUGAAUCUCGUUCGGAGGCUAUUCGCGUGCUGGUUGAAGAGAACUUCGACCGGUUUGUGGCCGUGAAAGCUUCGACUGACGCUCUUUAUGCGGAGAUGCGCGACGGAUUGCUAUCCGAUGAGAGCGACUAUGCGUCUAGGCCCUUGCGAGAUCAACUCAAGCAGGCUGCGACCAAGGCCAAUCAGGUCUACCUUCCAGUACUCGAGAAUGCGACCAAAGCUCAGAGGUUGCGGACCACUCUCGGCGUGUUCGAUCGUUCGAAGUUCUUCUUCAACUUACCGGCUCAAUUGCUUGAGUACAUGCAGGCGGGGCGUUAUGACGCUGCGAUGCGUGAUUACAAGAAAGGAAAGUUCCUCUUAGAGUCCCGCCCGGGACAACUGUUACCCCUUCCAGCUGGGAAAGACACCGCACUCGCGGAGAAGCAGCAGAAGCGCAUCCUUGACAAGGUUUGGGGCACCGUGGAGAAAACGAUGGGCGAGCUACGUGCAUCGCUUCUCAAUCAGCUAAAGAACCCGGCGCGUGCGGUCGAGGAGCAGGAGAAGACGCUCGAGAUCCUUCUCGAGCUGAAUCUGCAGGAUGACCCGGUCUGGACAUAUCUUGACGCCCAACACAAAUAUAUCCUCGAGCAGCUGCGCAAGGUCUUCUUAACUUCAAUCACGGCUAUACAGAAGAAACAAGCGAAGCUGAAUGAAGAUGCGGACUCAUUGCCCAGCAUACCGGUACAACUGCAGGCUUGCAUGACUGCUCUUAAAACCACGCAAGCCGAGAAUGUCAUCGCGAAAGGUCGCGGUCACGAAGUAUGGCAGGCGAUCGUCGAUAUGGUCAAAUCGCUAUCCGAGUCGAUGAUGUCCACGCUCCCGAACUUCUGGCGGAUAGCAAAGGCGCACAUGGACGGCAAAUACCGACGUGCUGGCGCGUCAUCGUCGCGGCGGAGCCCGACCCAGGUGCGCACGAUGGCACUUGACAUCGUGCGCCUGCACAUUUCCCUAGUGUCCGAGUUCUUCGUCUUCACGGACAUGGCCGUCCGUAGUCCGGGCUUCUCGGACAAUACACCUGCGAACAUGCCUGACGCCAGCAACUCUCUCACAACGGCGCACUUCCUCGUACGCGCGCUUGGGGAGCUACUUGAGAGUGUGAAUGAGGUCAAUGCGCUCGAAAUCUCGAGCGAAGUCAGCGCCAGCCUGAAGGCCUUCGUAGAGAGCGCACGUUGGCGCUUUGAGGACGUCCUCACGAUGGCGUGGUUGCGCGAUGCCAAGCUCUUCCACCAUCUCGAGUCCUGGGUCGCGUCCUCGACUGAAGACUACACGACUGCAUACCUCGGGGAUAUCAUGGUCUUUCAGAAGCAGCAGACUACCACCGCGUUCAAGCUCGCGGGCGGUGUGGAUAUCUCCGCUUCUGCGUCCAAACUUGGUAAACAGUACCCCGUGGCGAGCGAGUUCGUUACGAAGAUCAACAAAGCUUUUCUGGACUCGCUGUAUUCCAUGCUGGACGGAUUGGAGCACCUGGCCGCGGAUCCUGCACCUGAGCUCGAGCAGGCGGCUCCGGUCGCGGGAAUUGCAUCAGCCGGAGACGCGGUCCCACAGACCGCGAGUGCAAGCGCCAAUUUGCUUGAGAUGCUUGACAUCACCGAUAGCGCAAACCGGACACUCAUCGUCAUCUCGAACGUCGGCUACCUGAAGCGUGUCCAGAUACCCCUGAUGUUCGCUCAACUUGAAGCUGCAUUCAACAUCAACCUCGAUCACGACCGCCAGACACUCGUCGCGCAUGUCACCGAGCUCGACACGAAGCUGUUCAACGGUUUCGUUGCACCUAAGGCCGCCCUCGUGUGUGAUCGCCUACGCCGCGGUAUACUCGAUCCUGCCAUGGACUGGUACAAGACGCCACCUCCGCGCGACGUGCGGCCGUACAUGUACGAGACGCUUAUGCUUCUCGUUGGUGUACACGCCCAAGUGACGGGCGUUGCACCCCCUCUUCUUGAGCGCACCUUCCACGCCAUCAUCGAGGAGCUCUUCGCGGCAGCGCUCCGAUGCUUCCAACAGAUCCCAAGGCUGAGUAUGGGUGGCAUGCUCUGCGCGACACUUGAGGUGGAGUUCAUGAAUCAGAUCUUAACGCAAUACGUAACGCCGGCGGCGAGUGAGACACUCAAAGGUCUGUAUACGGAGAUCAGCAAGAGCUACCGCAAGCCAGCCCCCGGAGAGGAGAAAGAUCUUCAGGAACAGCUUACAGCUGUUCGGCGCACUCUUGUUGAGAAGAAGCGCGCAACUGGCUUGGAGUUUCUCUGCUUCCGCGCCAAUAAGACGGAGAAAGACCGUGAGCGCGAACGUGAAGCCCGUAGGGAGCGUGAGCGACAGCAGAGCGAGACCGGUAGCGCUACUGGGGAUAGGUCGCGUACACCUGCAAGAGAUCGGGAAAGACCUGAUAGGAGCGCCGCGGCGACGCCAACCAGGGAACGGCGCCGGCCCGCACCUUGA